CACACACCGUAGCUAGCUAGCAUCGAACUCAUGUCGACGAACACAAUUUGCCUGGAUGCAGAUGUGCAGGAUCGAGACGAGCAGACGGAGCUGCAGCUCGCAGCGCUCCGGGAAGGUGGAUUGCACUUCUGCGAGGGUCCGCUCCGCCGCAGGCGGCACCGGGCGCAGACGAAGGUGAACAAGUGGAAGCAGAAGUGGUUCAAAGUCGAGCCCGCACGUCGCGGCAAAGACGCGUACCAGUUAACGGAGUCCCAGGGAAAGGAACAGUCUGGAAUGGCGAAGCUUCUUCUGUCUCUGCCGACCAGCGCACCCGGCUCUUCCGGCAUCCGUACCUCCUCGCUCUCCACGGACGCAGCAAGCGAGGAUUAUACGGGCUUCAGCAUCUACCGCGGAGCGCUGCCUUCGGGCGAGCUGCUGAGCACGUUCAGAGCCGAGGAUAUCGUCCAGCAGAGAGGGUUCAUGGCGGCUCUCGGAGCCACGGGACCAGGGCUCUUCUCGCGGCCACCGCAGAAUUCAGAGGCGUCGUCCAAAUCCGGCUGUAGCGCCAGACUCCGGCAGCUGCUGCACAGACAGAAGACCUACAAUGCCAGGUCGCAGAACAGCCAACUGGCAGAGGUGUACAAAAACAUCCCCAGGUCCUUCCAAGAGGCUUUGCAAACAUUUCCAAGCGAAUUCUACUUCCCUAAUUCCGAGCUCCCUUCUCCUGUGUUGCCUGGUGUGAAGUUGCAAAAUUACGAUCCCUCGCAAACUGACUUGAAAAGAGUUCCCUGCAGUGGGGGGAAAAUUGAAUUUCGGCCUCCUCAUGGAUCGCCUACCAACUACCCCUCCAUUAUCGGCUGCGGGGCUGCCGCUGGUCUGGAAUCGGGACAGACAGCAGUAUGGGAUCAGGAGAACGAACUCUACUACUUCCUCGACUGCAACAAGAAGAUUGUGACUGCCAACGACCCCCGACAGAGAAAGAGUUUCAGACCCCAAGUCCGAACGUCUCAGAUCACGGUUCACAAGAAACAGGCGGAAGCAAACUUAAGUCUCCCAGCUUGUCAUCCAGACACAGUCAGAGCCACUGCGCAGCGAGCGGCGAGGAAACCGCACGGCUGCAUCCUGAGAGCCUGUGGAAAGAAGGGAAGACACGGGAUGUCGGCAAAACCCUCAGCCGACGGACAUCGAGGUGGAGACGGCCUGAACACCACGGGAGAACUUGUGAUUGAUGGUGGUGAUGGAGGAGACGGCGCUAAUGGACGGGAUGGGAGACACGCAGAGCCAGGGGAGGACGGGGGGAUGGGCAGGAACGUGAUUGUGGAGCUGUAUGGCGAUGCCAAGGACCUGGGGAUUGCCGGAACGUGUCAGUCGGUGGCUCGACUCGGUGGAGAUGAGUGUGAG